AUGUUUCUAGCUUUUCUGUUAUCAAUAAAAGAAAUCAAUUUACCUUCAAGUUCAGAAGAAUAUCAGGAAAAUUUAAAGCCAGAUACUGGUGUUCGACUUAACUGUGAUUCUGGACGCGCAUUACUUGUAUUUCAUAAUAAAAAUUUCGAUAUGACUACAUACGAGAUCAUAGAUGGGAAAUCCAUUAAGACUCAAUCUAUGUCAAAUGAUGAAAUUCCAAAUUAUCUUAUUGUCAACCAAAAAGAAAGAAUCGAAAUUUCCGCAAAAGAAGCACGAGUACUCUACAUGUCAUACAUACCACUCGGACAACGCUGCCAAAAAUAUUUUUACAUAUCAAAUCAAUUAAAUACUAGCGUAGAAUUUACCGAUGAAAAAACAUUACGAAAUGAUAGAUGUUUUAUCUUCGCACCACUUGGUAAUAAGACUUAUACAGUUAGCCACAAAUUAAACGAUCAUCAGGACUUAUUUGUUGCAAAACCAGAAAUGAAUCUAAAUAGAAAAGAUUUUCAUAAAAUAAAUAAAGGUGAAACAUAUAAUGCAUCAUCAAGUAACCCUCUGAUCUUUACUUUUAAUACAGAAGAGAAUUUUCCUGGAUCAUCAAUUAAAUUUACAGUAAAUUCCAAGUUUCCAAUUAAAAUAAAGGAAUUUGGAGAGUUAUAUGAUGUCAAACCAGAAGAAACUCCAACUCCUGAUCCACAACCUGAUUCCAAUCCUGAGAAAACAUCAUCCAGCGCAGAAACAGUCGUAGAGAAGGAAGAUGAUAGAAUGUCUGUCUAUGUUUUCAUUAUGGGUGUUAUUAUUAUAUCGUGCAUCGUCUACGUUUUCAGUAAAUGCAUCAAAAAGACGAAAUCUCCUCAUGAUGAUGAGAAUUUAAUGGAUGAUAAUAUUGUUGUUGAUGAAGAUAUCAUUAAUAAUAGUGGUGAUGAUGAUAUGCCACUUAGUCAACCAAAUGGUGGCGAAAAAACUUUAAAAUAA